GAGAGAGAGAGGCGAGCGCUGGCAUCCCAGUCCCCAGAGCACCUUCAUCUGCCCGGCUUCAAACGGAGCUGGACGGACCGGCCGGGACCCAGCAACAGAAUGUGGAGAACACUGCCAAUAAAACUUCUCCUUAUAUUUAUUUUGUGUUUUAUCCGGUGCCAGUCUCAAGGAUGUGAAUCGUAUCAGUUUCGUUGUGGGACAGGACAUUGUAUCCCAGACAACUGGCGCUGCGAUGGAACGUCCGACUGCACAGAUGACUCAGAUGAAAGUGACUGUGGUCAUGUGACAUGUGACGGGAGUCACUUCCAGUGUCUGAGUGAUGGAGAGUGCAUCCCAGUCGUGUGGGUGUGUGACGACGAGGAGGACUGCGAGGACGGCUCUGACGAGCGACAUCACUGCCCUGGACGGACGUGCACCAGCGGGCAGUUCAGCUGCAGCAGUGGAGCCUGUAUCCCGGGAGAGUUCAGGUGUGACCGGCUCCCUGACUGCUCCGACGGCUCUGACGAGAGAGACUGCCACUACCCUGACUGUUCAGCGCUGAGGUGUGCUAAUGGCGCCUGUUACAACCAGAGUCAGCGUUGUGACCAGUCGCUGGAUUGUCGUGAUGGAUCCGAUGAGGAUAAUUGCACACAACACUGCAGCGCCGGCCUGUUCCAGUGUCGCAACGGAGAGUGUGUCCCUCAGCGCUACGUCUGCGACCAUGAUGACGACUGCGGGGACAGGAGCGACGAGCAGAACUGCACCUACCCCACCUGCCGAGGGAGCUACUUCACCUGCCCCAGCGGCCGCUGCAUCCACCAGGUCUGGCUUUGUGACGGCGAGGACGACUGCGAAGACAACGCUGACGAAAAAGGCUGUGAUAAUGUCCCACGUGAGUGCUACCCUGGAGAGUGGCCGUGCCCGUCCUCAGGACUGUGUAUCCCCAUGCAGCAGCUGUGCGACGGGGUGAACCACUGUCCCUGGGGGGGGGACGAGACCAACACCACCGCUGGACGCAACUGCAGCAUCUGGAGGUGUCCGUCUCUGAGCUGUGAGCAUCGCUGUCACGCCUCUCCCGAGGGCGGGGCCUGCUCCUGUCCGUCAGGAUACGUCGUCAACAGCAACGACAGCCGGUCCUGCGUUGACUUUAACGACUGCACCAUGUGGGGCGUGUGUGACCAGCUGUGUGAGGACCGGAUAGGAACCCACCACUGCAGCUGCAGGGAGGGCUACGUCCUGGAGCAGCACCGAUACUGUCGCGCCAACACCUCCUCUGCCCCUCCCUCGCUGGUGUUCUCUAACGGCCGGGACCUGAUGAUGGGUGACAUCCACGGGCACAGCCUGCGCACCCUGGUCCACUCCCAGAACAGAGGGGCGGCCGUGGGAGUGGACUACCACUACCUCCUCAGACGGGUCUUCUGGACGGAUACCAUUCAGAACAAGGUGUUUUCGGUUGAUAUGGACGGUUCCAACCUGCAGGUGGUUUUGAACGUAUCGGUUGACUACCCUGAGAACCUGGCGGUGGACUGGGUGAACAGUAAACUGUAUGUGGUGGAGGCCAGCGUCAACAGGAUCGACAUGGUGGACUUUAACGGGAACAACCGGGUCACGCUGUUGUCAGAGAACCUGGGAAACCCAAGAGGCCUGGCUGUGGACCCGACAGUGGGCUACAUGUUCUUCUCUGACUGGGACUCUCUGAACGGAGAGCCGGGUCUGGAGAGGGCCUACAUGGACGGCUCCAACCGCUACGGCAUCAUCAGAACCAAGCUGGGCUGGCCGGCCGGGAUCACCCUGGACCUCGAGGCCCAGCGGGUCUACUGGGUGGACAGCCGCUAUGACUACAUCGAGACCACAACCUACGACGGCCUUCACAGAAAAACAGUGGUCCAUGGAGGGGCUGUCAUCCCUCACCCCUUUGGCAUCAGUCUGUUCGAGCACACGGUCUACUACACCGACUGGACCAAGAUGGCGGUGAUGAAAGCCAACAAGUUCACCGACACGAGCCCUCAGGUGCUGUACACCACGGCCCAGAACCCGCACGGCGUGGCCGUCAUCCACCAGCUCAGACAGCCGUACGUGUCCAACCCGUGUGGCACAGACAGGGGUGGCUGUGAGCAGAUCUGUGUUCUCAGCCACAGGAGUGACAAUGGAGGUCUGGGUUACCGCUGCAAGUGCCGCAUGGGCUACGACCUUCACGCCGAUGGCAUGAGAUGUGUGGCUGUGCGUCAGUUCCUGCUCUUCUCCAGCCAGCUGGCCGUCCGAGGGAUCCCCUUCAACCUGUCCUCCCAGGAGGACAUCAUCCUGCCCAUCACCGGGGCACCCUCCUACUUCGUUGGGGUGGACUUCAGCGCCGAGGACGACGCCAUCUUCUUCUCAGACACGGCCAAAGACAUCAUCUACAAGCAGAGAGUGGACGGCACAGGCAGGGAGGUGCUGGCAGCCAAUCGGGUGGAGGGUGUGGAGGAUCUGGCUUACGACUGGAUCUCGAAGAACCUGUACUGGACCGACCCGCGCUACAGGAGCAUCUCUGUCAUGAAACUGGCCGACAAGUCCAGGAGGGCGAUCGUACGCAACCUGAACAACCCCAGGUCCAUCGUGGUGCAUCCUGUCAUCGGGUAUAUUUUCUGGACAGACUGGUACCGUCCGGCCAAGAUUAUGAGGGCCUGGUGUGACGGGUCACAUGCCUCGUCGAUUGUAAACACAACUCUUGGCUGGCCCAACGGCCUGGCCAUUGACUGGAGCUCAAUGCGCCUGUAUUGGGUGGACGCCUUCUUUGAUAAGAUCGAACACAGCAACUUUGACGGGCAGAAUCGUCUGUCCCUGGACCGCAUCACCCAGAUCUCUCAUCCGUUUGGCCUCACCAUCUUCGGGGGCUACGCAUACUUCACUGACUGGCGCCUGGGUGGCAUCGUCCGUGUCCGCAAGAGCGACGGCGGGGAGAUGGUGAUCAUCCGGAGAGGAAUCAGCCACAUCAUGCAUGUCAAGUCUUUCAACUCCUACUCCCAGACAGGUUCCAACUUCUGCAACAGGGAGAUCAACCCCAACGGAGACUGCAGCCAUUUCUGUUUCCCUGCUCCGGACUCCCAGCGUGUGUGCGGCUGUCCGUACGGCAUGAAGCUGGCGCCCGGCCAGCAGGCGUGCGUGGACGACCCGUCCAGCGAGCCGCCCAUGCUGCAGUGCGGCGCCAACUCCUUCUCCUGCACCAACGGGAAGUGCGUCCCCCGCAGCUACAGAUGCGACGGCGCCGACGAUUGCCAUGACAACAGCGACGAAGCGAACUGCGGAACUCACAACACCUCCUGCUCCUCCACGGCCUUCACCUGCUCCAACGGGCACUGUGUGCCCAGCAGCUGGCGCUGCGACGGGCACAACGACUGCUUCGACGACAGCGACGAGAGGAACUGCCCCACCCGGGUGCCCGGCACCUGCUCAGCCAGCCAGUUCACCUGCGCCAACCAGCGCUGUGUGCCUCACACCUGGCUGUGUGACACAGACAACGACUGUGGGGACGGCUCUGACGAGGCCAGCUGCGACAUGACGGGCACCUGCCACCCAGGCCAGUUCCAGUGCCCGGACCACCGCUGCAUCGACCCCAGCUACGUGUGUGACGGGGACCGCGACUGUGCCAACGGGGCCGAUGAGCAGGGCUGCAUUUACAACUGCACUGCGUCUGAGUUCAAGUGUUCCAACGGACACCAGUGUGUCAACUCCUACUAUCGCUGUGACAACGUGUUCGACUGCAGUGAUCGCUCCGACGAGGCAGGCUGUCCCACCAGGCCCCCUGGCAUGUGCCACCACGAGUCAGAGUUCCAGUGCCAGUCUGACGGCAGCUGUGUGCCCUCCUCUUGGGAGUGUGACGGCCACCCGGACUGCGAGGACGGCUCCGAUGAGCACCACGCCUGCCCGCCGCGCACCUGCGCCACCGGGCUGUUCCGCUGCGACAACGGCAACUGUGUGUUCCCCAGCUGGGUGUGCGACGGGGACAACGACUGCAGGGACGCGAGUGACGAGAGAGACUGCCCCACGCCGCCCUUCCGUUGCCCCGGCUGGCAGUGGCAGUGCCCGGGUCACAGUGUGUGUGUCAACCUGACCCGGGUGUGUGAUAACACCCCUGACUGUCCCAACGGGGCGGACGAGUCUCCUCUCUGCAACGAGCCCUUACCAGACCAGGAGAGCUGCUCGGACAACAACGCAGGCUGCACCCACGGCUGCAUCCAGGGGCCCUUUGGGGCCCAGUGCACGUGUCCCAUGGGCUACCAGCUGAGCAACGACUCCAAGACCUGCGAGGACAUGGACGAGUGCAGCCCUCCUGGGCUGUGCAGCCAGCAGUGUGUCAACGAGAGAGGCUCCUUCCACUGCCGCUGCACGGACGGCUACACUCUGGAGGCAGACCAACGCACCUGCAAGGCCUCGGGUUCGCGCGAGGCCUUCCUACUGGUCGCCAGCCGGAAUCAGAUCGUGCAGGAUGACAUCAUCGCCCAGCCCAACGUGGUUCGCUCGCUGGUCCGGGACGGACGCAACAUCGUGGCGCUGGACUUUGACUCGGUGGCGGACCGCGUCUACUGGUCCGACACCAGCCAGGACCGGAUCUGGAGCGCCCACAAGAACGGCAGCGACAGGACAGUGGUGUUUGACAGUGGGGUGACAGUGACAGAGAGCCUGGCUGUGGACUGGGUGGGCAGGAACCUGUACUGGACGGACUACGUCCUAGAGACCAUCGAAGUGUCCAAACUGGACGGAACCCACCGGACUGUGCUGAUCAGUCAGAACGUGACCAACCCCAGAGGCCUGGUCCUGGACCCCAGAGACAGUGCCCACCUGCUGUUCUGGACCGACUGGGGGAGGAGCCCUCGGAUAGAGAGGGCCAGCAUGGAUGGGAAGAUGAGGACCACCAUCAUCAGCAACAAGCUGUACUGGCCCAACGGCCUCACCAUCGACUACCCUAACAACCUGCUCUACUUUGCCGACGCCUAUCUGGAUUUCAUUGACUUCUGUGAUUAUAACGGGAACAACAGGAAGCAAGUUCUGGCCAGCGACCUGGUACUGCAACACCCCCACGCAAUUACCAUUUUUGAGGAUUUUGUGUAUUGGACCGACAGAUACAUCAACCGGGUGAUCCGAGCCCAAAAGUGGCACGGGGCCAAUCAGACCGUGAUGCUGGACUCCCUCUCCCAGCCCAUGGGUCUGGUGGCCGUACACCCGGCCAGGCAGCCCCCAGGUGUAAACCACUGCCUGCAGAGCUCCUGUACUCAUAUCUGCCUGCUGUCGGCUGUGGGCCCCAGCUUCUUCUCCUGCGCCUGUCCCUCGGGCUGGACGCUGGCUGCAGACACCGUCACCUGUGCCAGAGUUGAGGACCCCUUCUUGGUGGUGGUGAGAGACAGCAUAAUCUACGGCAUCUCCCUGGACCCCGACGACAAGAACAACAACGCCAUGGUGCCCGUGGCGGGGCUUCAGAACGGGUACGACGUGGACUUCGACGACGUGGAGCAGACCAUCUACUGGGUGGAGCACCCGGGGGAGAUCCACAAAGUGAGGUCAGACGGGACCAACAGGACAGAGUUCGCCCCUGCAGCCAUCCUGGGUUCCCCCGUGGGUCUGGCUCUGGACUGGAUGACGGAGAACCUGUACUACACCAACCCUGCCACCCAGUCUAUCGAGGUGUUGAGACUGAGAGGGGAGGUGCAGUACAGGAAGACUCUAAUCACCAAUAACGGCUCUCCGACCGGUGCUGGCAGUCCGUUUGGCAUCGCCGUGGACCCGGCACGUGGGAAGCUGUACUGGGCGGACCAGGGCACAGAGAGCGGCAUCCCUGCCAAGGUGGCGUCGGCGGACAUGGACGGGGGCAACCCUGCCAUCCUCUUCACCAACAACCUGGACCACGUUGAGUUCCUCACUGUGGACAUCAGAGAGAACAAGCUGUACUGGGCCGUGACAGGGACCGGCAUGAUAGAGCGUGGGGACCCGGACGGUUCGAACCGGAUCACCAUAGUAACGGGCCUGUCCCACCCCUGGGGUGUGGCUGUGCACGAGGGCUUCCUGUACUUCACCGACCGCGACUUCGAGGUGAUCGAGCGCGUGGACAAGGCGACCGGGGCCAACAAGGUGGUCCUGAGGGACAACGUGUCUGGACUGAGGGUGCUGAAGAUCCACUACAGGGAGACCUCGGCAGGAACCUCCAACGGCUGCAGCAACAAUGUGGACGUGUGUCAGCAUCUGUGCCUGCCGCGGCCCGCCGGCAUGUUCACCUGCGCCUGCGCCACCGGCUUCACGCUCAGCACCGACAACAGGACCUGCAGCCCCUACCAGUCCUACGUGGUCAUCUCCACCCUGUCCGCCCUCAAGGGCUUCAGCCUGGAGGGCUCCGACCACUCUGAGGCCAUGGUGCCUGUGGCGGGGAGAGGUCGUAACGCCCUCCACAUUGACGUGCACAUGGCGUCUGGCUUCAUCUACUGGUGUGACUUCAGCAGCAGCGUGGCGUCUCAGAACGGGAUCCGCCGCAUCAAGCCCGACGGCUCCGGCCUCCGCGGCCUGGUCACGUCCGGGAUCGGACGCAACGGCAUCCGAGGAAUCGCAGUGGACUGGGCCGCAGGAAACCUCUACUUCACCAACGCCUUCCUGACGGAGACGUACGUGGAGGUGAUGCGCCUGAACACCUCGUUCCGCCGCGUGCUGCUGAAGACCCAGGUGGACAUGCCUCGCCACAUCGUGGUCGACCCCAAAAACAGGUUCCUCUUCUGGGCCGACUACGGCCAGAACCCCAAGAUCGAGCGGGCUCAGCUGGACGGGACCAACCGCACGGUCCUGGUCUCCUCCGGGAUCAUCACCCCCCGGGGCCUGGCCCUGGACUACCAGACAGGCUACGUCUACUGGGUGGACGACUCGCUGGACAUGAUCGCACGCGUCAGCCCCUCCGGAGGCGAGACGGAGAUCAUUCGCUACGGCAGCCGCUACCCGACGCCGUACGGCGUGACGGUGUUCGAGGGCAGCAUGAUCUGGGUGGAUCGGAACCUGAAGAAGGUUUUCCAGGCCAGCAAGGAGCCAGGCAACAGCGACCCGCCCACGGUCAUCAGAGACAACAUCGCCAUGCUGCGUGACGUGGCCGUGUACGACCAGCGCACCCAGCCCCGCUCGGCCCAGCAGCUCAACAACAACCCCUGCCUGGAGGACAACGGCGGCUGCGCCCACUUCUGCUUCGCCCUCCCCGCGCCCGCCCCCCACGGCAGGAAGUGCGGCUGCGCCUUCGGGAACCUGGCGGCGGACGAGGAGAGCUGCGUGGUGUCGCGGGACGACUACCUGGUGUACACCACGGAGAGCACGGUGAGGAGCCUGCGUCUGGACCCAGACGACCACGUGCUGCCCUUCCCCGUGGUCAACGUGCCGCGCACCUCCGUGGCGCUGGAUUAUGACCUCACAGACAGGCGGGUCUACUACACCCAGAGCUCAGGGGUGGGUGUCAGCAGGAUCAGCUUCAUCAGCCUGUCUGCUCCCACAGCGCCCCCUGUGGUGGUGGCCGAGGAUCUAGGGGCCCCUGAUGGCAUUGCCUAUGACUGGAUCAACAAAAGGAUUUACUACAGUGACUACAUCAACCAGAGCAUCAGCUCCAUGUCUAUAGACGGAUCCCAGAGGUCUGUCAUCGCCCGCGUGCCCAGACCCAGAGCCAUCAUGCUGGAUCCCUGCAGAGGGUACAUGUACUGGACAGACUGGGGAACCCAUGCCAAAAUAGAGCGUGCCACUUUAGGAGGAAACUUCCGGACAGAGAUAGUGAACAUCAGUCUGGUGUGGCCCAACGGUCUGACCCUGGACUACGAGGAUCAGAGACUGUACUGGGCGGACGCCAGCCUCCAGAAGAUCGAGCGCUGCUCCCUCACAGGGACACACCGCGAGGUGGUCGUGAGCACGGCCACCUACCCCUUCGCCAUGACCAUGUUCGGCCAGUUCAUCUACUGGACCGACUGGAACACGCGCAGCAUCUACCGGGCCAACAAGCACGACGGCUCGGACCAGCGGGUGAUGAUCCAGAACCUUCCGUCCCGGCCCAUGGACGUGCACGUCCUGGCCAGCAGCAAGCAGCAGCAGUGUGACAGUCCCUGCCAGCAGUUCAACGGAGGCUGCAGCCACAUCUGUACCCCAGGUCCCCACGGUGCAGAGUGCCAGUGCCCCUCCCAGGGGCGAUGGUACCUGGCCGACAACAAGCACUGCAUCCCUGACAACGGCACGCGCUGCCAGGCGGGCCAGUUCACCUGCAUGAACGGCCGCUGCAUCCGCGCCCAGUGGAAGUGUGACAACGACAACGACUGUGGGGACGGCAGUGACGAGCUGGAGAGAGUCUGUGGACCCAAGACUGAUUUCAACUCUUUUGCCCCUCAAGUGGCAUCAUUUAUUGCCUUGUCAGCCUUCCACACGUGCGAGCCCACCGUGUUCACCUGUGGUAACGGUCGCUGUGUCCCCUACCACUACCGCUGCGACCACUACAACGACUGCGGCGACAGCAGCGACGAGGCGGGCUGCCUGUUCCGGCCCUGCGACGCCGACAGCGAGUUCCCCUGCAACAACGGCCGCUGCAUCGCCAAGGACUACGUCUGCAACGGCAUCAACAACUGCUACGACAACGGCACCUCGGACGAGCAGGACUGCCCGGAGAGGACCUGCCAGCCGGAACACACCAAGUGUCAGACCAACAACAUCUGCAUCCCGCGCUCCUACCUGUGUGACGGGGACAACGACUGUGGGGACAUGAGUGACGAGAGCCCCACACACUGUGCCACCUCCACCUGCUCCCAGAUGGAGGUGCGUUGCUCCAGCGGGCGCUGUAUCCCUGCCCACUGGUACUGCGACGGGGGUCCGGACUGUGCCGACGGCUCGGACGAACCCUCCUCCUGCACCACGCUGGUGAGAACCUGCAACACGGAGCAGUUCCGCUGCGACGACGGCAGGUGCAUCGCCUCGUCCUGGAUCUGCGACGGGGACAACGACUGCGGGGACAUGAGUGACGAGGACCAGAGGCACAGCUGUGCCAACCGCACGUGUUCGGCCUCCGAGUUCACCUGCGUGAACAACCAGCCUCCGCAGCGGAAGUGCAUCCCUCGCGACUGGGUGUGCGACGGCGACGCCGACUGCACCGACGCGCUGGACGAGCACCAGAACUGCUCCAGGAGGUCCUGCGGCGUCAACGAGUUCACCUGCAGCAACGGCCUCUGCGUCCACAGCUCAUACAGGUGUGACCGGAAGAACGACUGCGGGGACAGCAGUGACGAGCAGAGCUGCACGUACCAGCCCUGCCCGCAGCACCAGUUCACCUGCCAGAACGGCCGCUGCGUAUCACGCGACUUCGUCUGCGACGGCGACAACGACUGCGGCGACGAGUCGGACGAGCUGGAGCACGUGUGUCACACGCCGGCGCCCACCUGCCCCCCCGCCCAGUACAGGUGCGACAACGGCAACUGCGUGCCCCUCGUCAACGUGUGCGACAGGAGCGACGACUGCUCGGACAACAGCGACGAGAAGGGCUGUGGCAUCAACGAGUGCACGGACCCCUCCAUGCACCACUGCGACCACGACUGCACCGACACGCCCACCAGCUUCCUGUGCAGCUGCCGCGGCGGCUACCGCCUCAUGUCCGACAACAAGACUUGCGACGACGUGAACGAGUGCACGGCCACGCCCGGCGUGUGCAGCCAGGUGUGCGAGAACACGGUGGGCUCGCACGUGUGCAAGUGCGCCCCGGGCUUCCUCCGGGAGCCCGACGGCCGCAGCUGCCGCCAGAACAGCAACGUCGCCCCCUACCUGAUCUUCAGCAACCGCUACUACCUCCGCAACCUCUCCACGGACGGAGAGGCCUACUCCCUCAUCGUGCAGGGCCUCACCAGCGUGGUGUCGCUGGACUUCGACCGCGUCGACAAGAGGCUGUACUGGAUCGACGUGAGCCGCCGGGUGGUCGAGAGGAUGUUCUACAACGGCACGGGCCGCGAGGCGGUGGUGAGCGGCGUGCUGCACGGCGAGGGGCUGGCGGUGGACUGGGUGGGCCGGAAGCUGUACUGGGCGGACAGCUUCCUGGACUGUCUCAAGGUGUCCGAGCUGGACGGGCGUUUUGUCCGGAAGCUAGCCGAGCACUGCGCGGACGCCAACAACACGUACUGCUUCGAGAACCCCCGAGCUCUCGUCCUGCACCCCAAAUACGGCUAUGUGUACUGGACAGACUGGGGCGACAAAGCGUUCAUAGGCCGCGUUGGGAUGGAUGGAGCCAACAAGACAGCCAUUAUCACCACCAAGAUAGAGUGGCCCAAUGGGAUCACCAUCGACUACACCAACGACAUGCUCUACUGGUCCGAUGCCCACCUCAACUACAUUGAGUACUCGGACCUGGAGGGCCGCCACAGACACACGGUGUACGACGGCGUACUGCCCCACCCCUUCGCCCUGACCGUGUUCGAGGACACGCUGUACUGGACCGACUGGAACACGCGCACCGUGGAGAAGGGCAACAAGUACGACGGCUCGGGCCGCCAGGCCCUGGUCAACACCACGCACCGGCCCUUCGACAUCCACGUGUGCCACCCCUACCGGCAGCCCAUCGUGACCAACCCCUGCGCCGUGAACAAUGGAGGCUGUUCCCACCUGUGUCUGAUCCGCGACGGGGGGCGGGGCCACACCUGCGAGUGCCCCGACCACUUCCUGACCGUGCAGCUGGGGGGCGUGGCCCGCUGCCUGCCCAUGUGCACCAGCACGCAGUACAGAUGCGCCGACAACGAGAGGUGCAUCCCUAUCUGGUGGAAGUGUGACGGCCAGAGGGACUGCAGAGACGGCUCUGACGAGCCCUCCACCUGCCCCGGCCGGCACUGCAGCCUGGGCCAGUUCCAGUGCAGCGAUGGGAACUGCACCAGCCCCCACUUCCUGUGUAACAGCAACCAAGACUGCCAUGACGGCUCCGAUGAAGACCCUGUGCUGUGUGCCACCCACCAGUGUGAAAGCCACCAGUGGCAGUGUGCCAACAAGAGGUGUGUCCCUGAGUCGUGGCAGUGUGACGGGGAGGACGACUGUGGGGACGGCUCUGACGAGGACGCGGCUCACUGCUCCAGCCGCUCCUGCCCGCCAGGACAGUUCAAGUGUCGGAACGGACGCUGCGUCCCGCAGAACUGGAAGUGUGACGUUGACGACGACUGUGGGGACAACUCUGACGAACCUCUGGAGGAGUGCAUGGGACCCUCCUAUCGCUGUGACAACCAUACCCAGUUUGACUGCAAGACCAACUACCGCUGCGUGCCCCUCUGGUCCGUCUGCAACGGGAACAACGACUGCAGGGACAACAGCGACGAGCAGAACUGCCACGAGGUCACAUGUAACCCCGUGGGGGACUUCCGCUGUGACAACCACCAGUGUGUCCCGCUGCGCUGGAGGUGUGACGGGGACGACGACUGUGGGGACGACUCUGAUGAAGUCAACUGCAGCCCGCGUGCAUGCUCGGAGAGCGAGUUUCGCUGCGAUAAUCUCCACUGCAUUCCCGACCGUUGGGUCUGCGACCAUGACAACGACUGCGAGGACAACUCGGAUGAAAGGGACUGCGAAAUGCGGACCUGUCACCAAGGUUACUUCCAGUGUGCCAGCGGACACUGCAUCUCCGAGCGGUUCAAGUGUGACGGCAACGCCGACUGCCUGGACUUCACCGAUGAGACGUCCUGUCCGACCCGCUAUCCCAACGGUACCUACUGCCCUCAGUUCAUGUUUGAGUGCCGGAACCACGUGUGUGUUCAGCCCUACUGGAAGUGUGACGGAGACAACGACUGUGGAGACGGCUCUGAUGAGGAGCUCCACCUCUGCUUGGACGUCCCGUGUGAGCCACCCUUCCGGUUCCGCUGCGACAACAACCGCUGCAUCUACAGCCACGAGCUGUGCAACACUGUGGACGACUGUGGCGACGGCACCGACGAGAAGGAGGAGCACUGCCAGACCCCCACACAUGGACCUUGCUCAGCAGAUGAGUACAAGUGCAGUAACAGCCAGUGCAUCCCUCUGCAGUACGCCUGCGAUGACUACGAUGACUGUGGAGACCACUCAGACGAGCUGGGGUGCAAUCACGGCUCGGGGCGCUCCUGUAGUGAGAACAUCUGUGAGCACAACUGCACCGACCUGACGGACGGAGGCUUCCUGUGCUCCUGCAGGCCCGGCUACCAGCCCCUCCAGGACGACAGGAACUCCUGUGAAGACGUGAAUGAGUGUGAGAUCUACGGGACGUGCCCCCAGGACUGCAGGAACUCCAAGGGCAGCUACGAGUGCUUCUGUGCCCCGGGGCACCGCUCGGUCGGCGGGCAGCAGGGCGUGGAGUGUGCAGCGGAGGGAAACCCUCCAGUGCUGCUCCUCCCUGACAACGUAAGGAUUCGUCGUUUCAACCUGUCCUCGGAGCAGUACUCCGACUAUGUGGAUAACUCGGAGCACAUCCAGGCCCUGGACUACCUGUGGGACCCAGAGGGCCAAGGCCUCAGUGUCGUCUACUGGACCGUCUUGGGGAGAGGGUCUCAGUUUGGAUCCAUCAAACGGGCCUACAUGACAACGUUCAACGACUUUGGCAACAACCCAGUGAAGGAGGUGGAUCUGAACCUGAGAUACAUCGCCAACCCUGACGGGAUUGCAGUGGACUGGAUCGGAGGACACAUUUACUGGACAGAUGCAGGAACCAAUCGCAUAGAAGUGUCGAAGCUGGAUGGGCGGUACAGGAAGUGGUUGAUCCACACGGAUCUGGACCAGCCGGCUGCUAUUGUCGUCAACCCAGCUCUGGGAACCGUGUACUGGACAGACUGGGGUAGGAGGCCGAGGAUCGAGUCGGCAUGGAUGGAUGGGCAGCACCGGCAGGUUCUGCUGGAUGAGGACCUGGGAUGGCCCACCGGCCUGGCACUGGACUACCUGAACGGAGACCGGAUCUACUGGUGCGACUCCAAGGAGAACAUCAUUGAAUCCAUGAAGCCCGACGGCUCGGAGAGGAAGAUCGUCAUGUCCGGAGCCUUAGGCAACCCCUACAGUCUGGAUGUGUUUGAGGGUCAUGUCUACUGGACCACCAAGGAGAGGGGGGAGGUCUGGAAGGCUGAUAAGUUUGGAAAGGGAGACAAAGUCAAGGUGGUGACCAUCAACCCCUGGCUGACCCAAGUCCGGAUCUACCAGGAGCAGCGACACAACCGCUCAGUGUCGAACCCCUGCAAGGAUGUGUGCAGCCACCUGUGUCUUCUGAGGCCGGGUGGAUACACCUGCUCCUGCCCGCAAGGAUCCAACAUGGACGGCAUCAACUCCAACGAGUGUGACGCAGCCAUUGAGGCUCCCGUCCCUAUGCCCCUUGCAUGUAGAUGCAUGAACGGAGGGUCCUGCUACACUGACGAAGGGGGCCUGCCACAGUGCAAGUGUCCCUAUGGCUACGCCGGAAGUUACUGUGAGAUGGGGAAGUCGAGAGGCGCUCCAGCAGGAACAGCGGUAGCUGUGCUGCUGGCAGUGAUCAUCAUCCUGAUCACCGGAGCGCUGGCCGUUGGGAUUUUCCUCAACUACAAACGGACUGGCUCCUUCAUCCCCAACAUGCCCAAACUCCCCAGCCUGAGCAGCCUGGUGAAGUCCGGCGACGCGGGGAACGGCGUGACGUUCCGCUCGGGGGACAACGUCACCAUGGACCUGGGCCCACACGCCCUCGGGGUGUCAGUCAUCGACAGGGCCAUGCAGCUGGAUGAGAAUUUUGCCGUGGGGUCAGGGCGGCAGCCAGUCACGUUUGAUAACCCGCUGUAUGCCACUGCAGCUGGAGUGUACAGCAAUCCUGCUGUCAUUCAUGCCACUCAGGUGACGGUUAACGUGACUGGUGAGCAGAUAGAAAACAGCUUUGCCAACCCCGCGUUCCACGCAGACACAAGCUCCGGCGUGGUGCCAACCUCCGUCACCAGCUCCAACCCCCUUCCUGAGUCCAAGUGGAGUUUCUUCAAAAGAAAAUUAAAACCGAGCACCACAUUUGAAAACCCUACUUACUCAGAGAUGAAAGAUGAAGCAGCAGGAAGCGGGGGGGGUGAUGGCUCCGCCCCCUCCCCCUUCAUCCCCUCCGCCAAACCCCUGAAGAGGGAGCCCCUGAGCACCUUCUCCCCCACAGAGGACACCUUCCAGGACACAGCCAACCUCGUCAAAGAGGACAGCGAGAUCUGACCCCCCUCCUACCCCCCUGCCU